GGCUGUUCUUCAUUAGAUGACGCAUAUUCAUGACAUGAAAUGACAAUCUAAUUCUUGAAGCACAGAAAUAUCCUUUUACAAGUUCAAGUGACCACCACUCGCUAAGAAUGAUUCCUACCCGUUACAUCGCGUCAUUCAUAUACAUCACCCAAUUAUCUACAAACAAUUGAUACGUAUACCUACAUUCAAAAUAGCUCUUUGCCUCCUCCCCUCAUACAUAACCCCACUUAAGCAAGCAAAUCGUCUGAUCCCGGUGACCAUGUCGAGAUCAGAAGAGAUCAAAGAAAUAAACCAAUCUGGGAAACUCAUUGCUACAUAUAUUCGUUCUCAUACUACUGAUACUUCUGGGACGAAAUUUGACCGGAUCGAUGUCGAUAUACCAAAAGGUCCUUCGACAUGGGUUAUGAGCUUAGUAGGGGCAUUCAUGCCGGUAGGAUAUCCGGAUAGUGUGACGGAGGAUUAUACUGCGUAUCAAUUUUAUGAUUCUAUUCAGGCUUUUGCUAGUACGAUUGCGGGGUUGUUGGCUAGUAGGGCUGUGCUUCAAGGUCUCGGCGUAGGCGACUCCACCGCCUCAGCAACCCACGCUGUUCUCCUCUCCAUCCUCCAAGAAUCCGCAGGUCGUAUAUCCACCAUUCUCUUCGCGCACCGACUCGGCAGCGCUCUCGAACCCGAAUGCAAAAAAUAUCGUCUCAUGGCUGAUAUCUUCAACGAUGCUGCUAUGAUUCUAGAUUGCAUCUCCCCUGCUUUUCCCAAAAUUCCCCGGGUCUUUUUACUCAGUGCGAGUAGUGUGUGUAAAUCGCUUUGUGGGGUUGCGGCCGGAAGUAGCAAGGCGAGCUUGAGUGCGCAUUUUGCGAAGAUGGGAAAUCUGGCAGAGUUGAAUGCGAAAGAUGCAAGUCAGGAGACUCUCAUAUCCCUCCUAGGUAUGCUCGUUGGAACGUUUGUCGUUUCCAAGAUUUCCUCUCAAGUAGCCACGUGGAUUGCAUUGCUCGCUCUGCUUUCAAUUCAUCUCGGUACGAACUACAUGGCCGUCAGAUCGGUCACCAUGCGUACUCUGAACCGACAACGAGCAAAUUUAGUGAUUUCAUCUCUCCUCUCGAGUCCAGAACACGAGAAGAACAAGAUUUCUCUCCCUUCUCCUAGAGACAUCUCACUCCAAGAACGCAUCUUCGAACGCGACGGAGCCAUCCGCAACACCCACGGCACAAUCCUCGCCUACUGCAAAGUCGGCGUGAGUCUCCAAGACCUACUCUCGUCAAUUGCCACACCCACAACCGCAGGAAGUUACGCAGAGCCCGAAUCAAUCCUCACAUCUCUCCUAUCCAUCUACAAAACCCAGGGUUACCUAAUGUGGUACUCCCGCUCUCGCAACACAUUCCUCGUUAUUCUGAAAGAGGAAACAGCACCAAAAGUUCAAUUAGAUGCAUGGUUCCAUGCGAUUUUCGCCAUCACUUCCGGAAAUCAAAAAAUCCAGAAAUCGAAAACUAAUCACGUGGAUAACCAGAGCAUUCUAAGCUGGAUGCGCACCUCGCUCGAAGAAUCGGAGAGAUGGAGAGCGGAAACGAGCUUUUAUGCGGAACUGGAGAGGAGAGGAUGGGAUUUGGAUACGCCGGCGAUUGAGGUUAGAGCGGGAACGAGAUUGGCUGUUUCGGGUGGAGAGCAGAGGGAUGAGUAGCAUGGGGAAAGGAAGGGGUGGAGGAGAAUGGGUAUGGUAAAUCGAUAGAUCAUGUAAGAGAUGAGAGUCGCGAGUAUGGUGUGAGAGCGUUGGAUAUGAAUAUGAAUAUGAAUUUGAAUUUGAAUUUGAAUACGAAAAGUACCAAACCAUCAUAUAGACUUCAAAGUUUGAAUCCCACUCCAACCA